AUGAACCCAGCAUCCACAACAACCUUUGCUUUUUAUAAGAUGGCCGCAUGGCUAAGAACAGUGGAACAUGGCAUACAGCCAGACACAGUCCUGACUAAACUUGAUUUCCUAUGGAUGAGGUUUUGGGUAAUGUUAACAGGCCGUCAAACACAGAUACUGUCAGCCGCUAACUCUGAGGAGAGAGAUAAAUGCCUGGCGUUCCUACAACAAUGCCAGGCGUUCCUACAACAAUUCCACUUGGAGCCAACCCGGUCUGAGAGCCAACAGGGGUUUGUCCACAAUCCACCACCGAGUGAGACGCCGUGUCCUUCGUCCUCAUGA